AAACAAUGCCUUAACCGAAGUCCAAAACUUUGCGAGAUUAAUGUAACGAAACGAGAAAUCAAAAUCCAAGAUCCUUUUCAAAACAAAACACGAAAAUCAAUAACUGGGUUGACUUUAAAAAUCAAAACUUGAUCUUCUCUUCCUUUAAGCUUCGAUGUCCCUCUUGAACCAACUUUUCAACAGAGGCGUUUUUGGUGCGAAAUGCAAAACAUGCUUAACAUUGGCGAUUUCGCGCAUAAAAUUGCUGCAAAACAAGAGAGAGAUGCAGCUCAAACAGAUGCGCAAAGAGAUAGCUCAGUUUUUGCAGGCUGGCCAAGAAGCAAUUGCUCGAAUUCGGGUGGAGCAUGUAAUUCGAGAGCAAAACAUAUCUACCGCAUAUGCGGUGUUGGAGCUGUUCUGUGAGUUUGUUCUUGCACGUGUUCCCAUUCUUGAAAAUCAAAAGGAUUGUCCGACUGAAUUGCGAGAAGCUAUUGCAAGCAUAAUUUUUGCUGCUCCUAGAUGUUCGGAUUUGCCAGAUUUGUUGCAGGUCACAAACUUGUUUUCUUCAAAAUACGGGAAGGAGUAUGUUGCAGCUGUUGCUGAGCUUCGUCCAGAUACUAGCGUCAAUCGUACAAUAAUUGAGAAACUUUCAGUUAGUGCUCCAUCACCUGAGGCAAGGCUCAAUGUGUUGAAGGAAAUUGCGCAGGAGUACAAUGUGGUUUGGGAUUCUUCUCAAUCUGAAGCGGCACUCAGUAAAAAGCAUGAAGAUUUAUUGGGUGGGUCAACGGAAAUAUAUGGUGGAGCUUCAACUCCUGAAGCUUCUGUUAAGCAGAGCUCUCCAAGAUCUUCAUCUUCUAAUGGGGCACGUCCUAUUCUGCCUUCGGAGAGUAGACUGGGAUCUCAACACCUUCAAGUUCCCAGCCCACCAAGCAUUAUGCCCGUUCUGAGGUCUAAUGAGAUUGAACAAUCAGCUAAAAGUAGCAAUGCGGUUCCAGUUAGUGAUACUAAAAGGGAGACAACAUCACAAUCAUCCGAUGUAUUGGAAAGAGCUCGAGCUGCUAUUGCCUCUGCAGAACGAGCAUCUGCAGCUGCCCGUGCAGCUGCUCAGCUUGUGAAUGCUGAAUUUGGUUCGUUGAAACUAGAAGGGAAGUCAUCGUAGCACCCACAUUAUUGACCUGUUACAAUCUCAUAUCUUGAUGAUUUUACUUCACUAGCCUCCCCUUUUCCAGGGAUAGCUGGGAAAGAUAAAGAGAGUGCUGGAAGAGAGAAAACAACAUUAGUCAAGCUAAAACACUUACUGUGUUAUUUGAGACAGUUGGAAGAGUGCUUAAUUUGUUACUAAGAUAUCUAAUCACCUACUAUUGUAUUUCCUUGUCGAUAAAGGUUUGAGUAAAUUUCUUUUACGGUUUGUUUCUAAAAGUUGUGAUUAAUGGAAUAAAAUGUGUACUAUUUACUAUCUGUCACUGACAAA